AGUUUAUCCCGGGUCAGGCCCUGUUAAUCCCGGGUCCCAGGGAAACCGCAGGGCGCGCGGAUUACGCGCGAGGAGUUAACGUGUAACCCAACGGUUAAUCUUCUCCCUCCGCUAAAAAUCAACACACGCCGCGCGAUAAAGCCGCACGGAGAGCCCGGAUGCAGAGAUCAGGUGUUCUGUAAGCGCGAGGAGAGCCGGUUCUGAGCGCCAUGGACCUGCUGAAGUUCUCCAAGAAGUUGUGGUGCGCGCGCAAACAGCUGAUCGUGGUGCUCACCCCUCUGCUGCUGCUGCCCCUCAUCUUCCUGCUGCCCGAGAAGGAGGGGAAAUGUCUGUACGUGGUUCUCCUGAUGGCGAUGUUCUGGUGUACAGAAGCUCUCCCGCUGGCAGUCACCGCCAUGCUGCCCGUCUGCCUCUUCCCCACCCUGGGCGUUCUGCCCUCCAAGAAGGUGUGCCCUCAGUACUUCCUGGAGACUAACUUCCUGUUUCUGAGCGGGCUGGUGAUGGCGUCCGCCAUCGAGGAGUGGGGCCUACACCGACGCAUCGCCCUCAAAGUGCUGAAGAUCGUUGGAGUCAAACCAGCCUGGUUGAUUUUGGGGAUGAUGAUGACUUCAGCUUCGUUGUCGAUGUGGCUCAGUAACACGGCCACUACAGCCAUGAUGCUGCCCAUCGCAAACGCCAUCCUGGAGAGUCUGUUCGGAGAUCUGGAGACCCUGAAGGAGAACUGUAAGGUCCAGGACGACCCGGAGGGUCAGUCUCAGGUGAAGCUGCACAUGCUGCCGUCGGAGAAGCACGUCCUGACAGGAGAGGACAGGGUGGAUGUGGCGGAGCGAGGGGAUAGGAGGAGUGCGGAGGAGAUCAGGAAGGAGGCGGAGUAUCAGCUGAAGGUGUGGAAAGGAUUCCUGAUCUGUAUCCCGUACGCCGCCAGCAUCGGGGGCACGGCCACCCUCACCGGAACCGCCCCCAACCUCAUCCUCGUCGGGCAGCUGAAGAGUUAUUUUCCAGAGUGUGAUCUGAUCAACUUCGGCUCCUGGUUCGUCUUUGCUUUUCCGCUCAUGAUCAUUUUCCUCUUCGUUGCGUGGAUCUGGAUUUCCUUUCUAUAUGGAGGACUCAACACACGGCUGUGUAUAAAUAAGCAGGAUGAUCGAGCAGCUGCAGAGGCCAAGGCCAGAGCGGUUAUUGAUGAAGACUACAAAAAGCUCGGCCCCAUCAAUUUUGCUGAAGGAUCCAUCUCUUUCUUCUUCAUUCUAUUCGCCAUCCUCCUCUUCACCAGAGACCCCAAAUUUGUCACAGGGUGGUCCGUACUCUUCAACAAAGGGUACGUGUCAGACGCCGUGACCGGAGUCAUCAUCAUCUCCAUCCUCUUCUUCUUUCCGUCUGAGCGUCCCUCGCUCAGCUGGUGGUUCAACCCCCGAGCCUCCAACACUCCCUACGUUCCCCUGCUGUCCUGGAAGAGGGUUCAGGAGUGUGUCCCGUGGAACAUUAUCCUGCUGCUGGGGGGCGGUUUCGCCAUGGCUAAAGGCUGUGAGGAGUCGGGUCUGGCUGCCUGGAUCGGAGGGCAUUUACAGCCCCUCGCUCAGGUUCCUCCUGCUGUAGCCGUCAUUCUGAUCACCGCCUUCAUCGCCUGCUUUACUGAGUUCGCCAGUAACACAGCCACCAUCAUCAUCUUCCUCCCAGUCAUCGCUGAACUGGCCAUCCGAGUGAAGGUCCACCCCCUUUACUUCAUGAUUCCAGCUACGGUUGGCUGCUCGUACGCAUUCAUGCUUCCUGUUUCCACUCCGCCCAAUUCCAUCGCCUUCGCUUCAGGACAUCUCAUGGUCAAAGACAUGGUGAAGACAGGAUUUAUGAUGAACAUCCUGGGUAUUCUGUGUGUGUCUCUGGCGAUGAACACGUGGGGUCUGCACAUGUUCACUUUACACGCCUACCCGGACUGGGCCCGCCCCCUUAACUCUACAGAGCCUCUAUCUGCUGUACUAGCAUUUAAUAGUACUGGAUAACAUUAAUAUACACACACACACACAUACACAAUAUAUAUAUAUAUAUAUAUACACACCCAUAUAUACACUAAGAAUUCUCCUUCACACAUAAUGGAACAUAGCAGAACCAGUCUGUGCCUUAUGCAAAAAAGAUAUAUUUAUAUAUAUUUAUAUAUAAGAUAUUUUUUUCAAUACAAUACUGCUAUACACAUAAUCAAGAAUUACAAAACUCAAGGUUAUUAAACUUGGUUUCCGGUGCCUUAUGCCAAAAAUACAUAUAUAUAUAUAAAUAUAUAAUAUUUUAUAUACAGUACUGUGCAGAAGUCUGCAGCACUCGUGAACAUUGUUUAAAGACAGGUGUAAUUGUGUAGCACAUUACCUAAUGAACAAAAUAUGCAUAAAAAACUUAAUAUUAUAACACAGGAAGGACAAAAAGCAUGGAAAUCUUGGCCUUUGUAUUUUUCGUGAUGAAAAUUGUUUAUUUUGAUACUUGUUGCUCACUCAGGUUUAGUAAAGUGGCCUUAUAUACUUAAACCUGUAGAACACUGCCCUCUAGUGCCUGAAACAGAAACUAUAUAUCUGAAAUAUAUGCAAAUAUACGGCUCUGCAAAAAAUAUAAAAAAAUAAGAGACCACUUAAAAAUGAUGAGUUUCUUUGAUUUUACCAAAUAAAAAAAAAACUAUAAUUUAAUCAAGAGGAAGAUGGAUGAUCACAAGCCAUCAAACCACCAAACUGAACUGCUUGCAUUUUUGCACCAGGAGUAAAGCAGCAUAAAGUUAUAAAGUUAGAAUAAAACAACAAUGUUCAUUUUACUCAAACAUAAACCUAUAAAAAGCCAAAUCAGAGAAACUGAUUCAGAAAAUGAAGUGAUCUUUUCAUUGUUACCAGAGCUGCGUGUGUAACUGCAACAGUCUGAAUUUUGCUGCAUUAAUUUUAAUUCGUAAAAAUGUUUUAUUUAUUUAUUUUGUAUUUUUUUUUAUUUAGUGUUUUCUUUUUAAAGCCCUGCUGAAUAACCAGUUUUAAACACCAUGCUGUUUUUGUUUUCGUUGAUUUUGUUGACACCUGUUUAUCGGAUGCUACUUCUGCAUUCCUUCCCCGUUACUCUGCUCAUCAGUUAUCUUGUCGGUGCAGUUCCGAGUUUUACUUCCCUCUCAGAGUGUUUCUUAUUUCUGUAAAUCCGGCUGUGAUACUCAGUGUGUAGAGCAAAGGACAUAGGAGGUUAUGCAGCAGUUUAUUCAGGGCUUUCAGUCUUAAAUUACGUUCACACAGCGGGUAAAUGUGGCCUAAAUAAGAUGUGGAUUUUAGUCUGUUCACACUGUCGUUUUAAUGUGAAUUGUAUCAAUGACUGGUCUGUUAAAGAUCAGUUGAAGAGCAGCAGAGCUUCACGUGAAGUUUCAGUUUCAUCUUCUCCAGCAUCACAGGAGCUCUCAAGCAGUUCCAGUAUCUGCAGCUGAACUUAUUACUGAGAAUGUGUUCAAACUCAUUCUAAAAACAGAUGUUUUUCAGCUUUAAACUGAUUUUUUUGUCUUUCAACGCUGCAGCCUUAAUCUCUAGCUGCAUUUAGCCAAUUUAUUAGGAACACUGAGCAGUUGAGACACAGUCCUUCUAAUAUUAUUGGAACAGAGAACAUAUUUAACAUAUUGAAGUGGCUUAAGUUCACACUGAAACACAGUUAACACACCUGUGUCACAAUAUCAUGCGACACUUUGGAUACACCUUAAAUUUAGUGUUUUUUUUAUUAUAUUAAAACAUUCAACAUUGUAGAUUAUUACUAAACUCAUCCAAACUAUG